CGAUAGUAGAUAUCUUGUCUAUAACGUCAAUCGAUAAUUGCUUGAAAAGUAAAUGGAAAUUCGUAACACGAAUCCAUAAACUCUUGUUCGUAGCUCAAGAUCACAGAGUGCGCUCAUUUCGUAAAACACAGUGUCGCCUCCAGACGUCGAAUCCUGUAUGCUUGAAGAGCCUAACAGACAGUGAGAAAAUGUUCGUAGGUUUCUGGAUGGUGCGAGUGGCGGUGCGUGCGUGCGAUGAGUGUGUCGUGAAUAUUUGCAGGUGGUGAUCGUGAACGCUCGGUGCAUUCGUAACAGGUAUAUCCCCGAGGUGGUUCGACGGCGAUUAAGGAGUACGUCCAAGGGUUGCCAUUCCCAGGGCGUAUCCCGAAAUCGUGUGAAAACGAUCAUCUAGAUACAGGAGGGGACCGAUUCUGCGCGUGUUUCAUCUAUUAGUCGCACAGCGGAACGAAGAGGGAACCUUACUAAAAGCAUUUGACAAGUGACCCACUGUAAGCGCGCAGUGUCCCCUCUGAACGUAGUGCGGUGGUCCAUUGAUCCUGGAUAAAAUGUCCGAUUACGCAUGAACCAAGAGAGCUAAUACAUUAGUUCGCGGUGAUGCUGAGAGAUUGUUAGUAUCAAAAGUGGAAAGUUCAGGGGCAGUGUUGCUGGUUGGCUUUGUGAAAUUGUUUAUCGGUGGUUAUCGGUACUGAACCGCUUGGCCAAUGUGCGACUCGGCCGACGCUUACGUGCAGAAGCUAAGUUACCUCCAGCUGGGGGAUGAGUCAGGGGAAGGAGUCAUCGGGGUCGGGCGUGUCUCAGGAUCGCGACCCGAGGCCCAGGUGCCCGUCUCGAGGAACCCCAGGGACGUGCGUGGGCCCCGUCCUCUUGGGGCCAUUGAAAGCUUCAUUGAAGGGGGCGCUUCCGAGAGCAGACAACCACCACCCGACUACAAGAUGUACGAGCGUGAAAACAUAAUAGCUGCUUCGAGAUUUGCUACUCCUAAGCCUGUCGAGCAGAUAGGUCUGCAGCAGCAGCAGCAACAUCAAAGUCGUCCUGGACAACAGGCACCGGUUUAUGAGAAUAUCGAGUACUACCCUCAGAAUCAGGCUCAUCCACCCUAUUAUCAUCCUGUAGAAUCGCGCAAGAGCCCUAGAGGAAGUCCUCGAGGUUCUGUGGCUGGGGAGGCUUACGACUCUGGGUUCAGAAAAGCUCAACCUCAGGUACCGCCUGGGAAUCGUUAUCAGACAGCAUCACCAGCUAAGGAACUACCACCUUACGAGGCGCCGCCCGUCUACGAGAAUAUUCAGGAAGUACAUUUUUCUGAUUCUCAGAACAAACCCGCCCCGCAGGUACCUAACUUUUAUCACCCUGCUACCAUUAAUGGUGGAGAUUACGUAGUGAUGACUGGUAAACUAGGUCAGGCUCAAAGAAAUUCGCAGCAGCGUAUCCUGGGACAAAGUCGUGCUCAAAGUUUCGACGGUUCCAGCUUAACCCGGGGUACCUGCAACGUCGAUCCAGCUUCUACCCUGAGAUAUCAAACGUCCACGAACUCUGAUACUCAAGCUUCCAGAAGCGCAUACGUACCACCCUCUGAACUACAGACUAAUCGAAAUUUUGGUUACUCGCCGGAACAGCACUCUCCACGUUCAGGACUUCCCUACCACAGUGAAUCCCCGCCCAUCCGCCUCCCACCGGAACCCCAUCAUUAUCGCAGUAAUGUGGUCGAUAAUACCCAGCAAGGCUAUCGACCACCUCAACCCGACAACGGACAAGGCUUCCGUCAGGAGAAUCCACCACUGUACAAGCAGUAUGUUGAUUCUGCUAAUAGGAGUACCGGUGUGAACUACGCCGGAGAUUCAUCAGCCAGAAACUCACCAGUUUACAACACAUCAUCCCGUGGAGAGAUAUCGGCCUGCAGGAAUUCACCGGUGUACUCUUCAAACCGUUCCAACAUCCCACAAAAUGAUAGAAAUUAUCAUAAUCAGGAUUGCCGUGGAGAUUUUCCACCCAGGAACUCUCCUAUUUACUCCUCCAACCGUUCCGAUCAAAUGAGAACAGUUCAGCCCCAGAUUGAACCUGGUGAACAAUCCAGUCUAAGAAAUUCACCAAUGUUCUCACCUACCAGACCAGAUCAAAUAAGAAUAUCCAAUCCGCAGAACGACAGAGGAUUUGCCGAGACAUCAGAAACACUAGGAACGCGAAAUUCUCCUAUAUACUCACCUAGCAGAGACAUGAGGAUAGCUGCUCCUCAUAAUAACUCCAGGAACUCCCCGAAGACGAGUCCUACUCAUGCUCAACUAGCACCAGACAUAACUCAUAGUUCUAUCAGUUCACCAAGACAUUGCUCCACGGACAAUCCUGUACGGGGACUAGUUCAUGCACCUGUCACUAGUGCGUCCACUGCUCCAGAUGAUCCUGGUAUUCACGGUCCUAGGAUCACGAGCCUGCCACCAGGUGUUACCAGUGGAGUAGCUGGACCCGUCUUUCUCAACGCUGGCGUACCCAUGCUGCAAAGGACACCUGAACCCGUGGCUCACGUUCAGAAAUCCGUUAGUCCACCCAUAAAACCAUCUCCUGGGAAAGGACUCUUACCUUAUAACGUUACACCACCACGACCAUCUGGACCAACGGAGGCUGAAAGAAAGAUCGAGGAGUUAACCCGACAGCUGGAGGAAGAAAUGGAGAAACAGGAAGAGGAGGGAGAAUACUUUGGUAUAUGUCAUACUUGCGGUGAGAAAGUAACUGGAGCUGGACAAGCUUGUCAGGCUAUGGGAAAUCUUUAUCAUACGAAUUGUUUCAUUUGUUGUUCCUGUGGUAGAGCACUGCGUGGCAAAGCAUUUUACAAUGUCCAUGGAAGGGUAUACUGCGAAGAAGAUUAUUUGUAUUCUGGUUUUCAACAAACAGCAGAAAAAUGUGCGAUAUGCGGUCAUCUUAUAAUGGAAAUGAUAUUACAAGCCAUGGGUAAAUCCUAUCAUCCAGGAUGCUUCAGAUGUUGUGUUUGCAACGAAUGUCUGGACGGUGUACCCUUUACUGUGGACGUGGACAAUAAAAUUUAUUGCGUUAAUGAUUAUCACAGAAUGUUCGCUCCGAAAUGUGCAUCCUGUGGCAAAGGGAUAACGCCAGUUGAGGGCACGGAAGAGACGGUCAGAGUAGUUUCCAUGGACAAAGACUUCCACGUGGAUUGUUACGUCUGCGAAGAUUGUGGAAUGCAACUGACCGAUGAACCCGACAAAAGGUGCUACCCACUGGAAGGUAGACUUAUGUGUAGGGCGUGUCACAUCCAACGCAUAUCCCACACACAACCUAGAGCACCGCAGCCAGUAUCGGCGAGCUAUCAGUUUAUGGGAUAAAGUGAGAGCGAGAGAGAGAAACAGAGUAGAUCAAUAAGAAUCGAAAAGAAAUGGAAAAAUCCUGCGCACGAGAAGUGCCAUCCGCGAUUCACUGUUCGAAAACUAGAGAAGCAAAGAGCAGGAAGUGCAAGACGCAACUAAUCGGUACCAAGAUAGACAUCAGACUUUUGUAUUCAUUUAUUCAAAGAGUGACAGUAAUUUCUUUAACUUCACUAAUCUUUUAACACGACAGACUUAAUGCUUUUUUUUAAAUUUAAAACUGCUUUUAUAUGUGUCUGUUUCAACUUUACAGUUAUUUCUCUGACUUUCUCUUGUAUUGGGAGUACGCAUCCUCUUCUUCGUCCUGGUAUCACUCAUUUCAUUUAAACAAAAUCAAUCGAACCAGCUAGACGACGUGCUACACACGGUUAUGAUAAUUAUGAUUAAUUGUAAUUAGAAAGCUCCUACAUAAACGGUGACCAAGUACCUCGUCUUGUGUACCGUUAAAUUUAUCGGCAUUGGGUAUCUUAUACCCUCGCAUUGUCCACCGUUAUGCCCGCAAGACAUGUGAUGAAAAUGGCGCGAAACUACUUGCUUGUAAAACGUUAACUUGUCGCUUUGAUGCAUCCCGUAUGUAUGUUAAAGUAUUGACUCUACUAUACCACAUAUGUACAUACAAUAUACAGGGUGGACAGAUAACAGUCCUGUAUAAAUAUUUAUACAUGCGCAAAUAUUUAUUGCCUAAGAUACUCCCAAUGAUAUAAAUGGUAUCAUCAGUGAAGGAUGUGCGAGUUGCGCAGGCAACUGUGAUAUAAUAGCAUAAAGUAUUUUCUUGUUGAUAAAAUCUUACUAUCAUACCUUAAUGGGGUGUAAAUAGUUCCAUUAUUGUUGUUACUAUUAUUAUUAUUAACUAUUGUUAGACUAUUUAAGCUUGAAUUACACAUGUACGUGUUGUCGUCGCGUAAAUUUGUCCAUUGUCUAGGCUAUUGGAAAUAUGUCAUAGAUACAAUAAGUGGAAUCUUGCAUAUAAGACAAGGAGGGAUCGAAUUACUGGAUUAUGAUUGACAAUAUUUAUUAGCUGAGAUAUGAAUUUACAAGGAUAUAUGAAAACUCUGAGUUGGAUUUUUUAUCUAAUUUUUACGUUUCUUAAAAUGAAAUUUGGAAUAUGGAGCGUUUGAUAGAAAAAAUAUUGAAAUCUACCAAGUUCAUAAAGGAAUUAAAUUAAUUAUAGUGAACUACGCACAAAUGAAGCUGCCAAAAAAAAUACUAAUUAUUCUUUCCUUCGGGAUUAGGAGACUCGUACGUUUUCUAGGUAUAGUCGUUGAAUAGGACGUAUUGUGUAGAUAAAAAGUACAACUUUUAUUUAAACAUAUGUAUGGUACACGCAAGGUGAAUGCCACUGGUUAAUAAAUACCAAUAAACCUUA